GAUGGUUUUAUUAAGGUGAGUCAGUCCGAGUUUUCGUGACGCCACAUUUUCUUCCACCAGCUAUUGAUUAUCCCGACUAUGUUCUUUGAUAUAACUUCGCUCCAUUCAACAGACUUUCUGCGACACUGAAUGUGGGCCACUCAGUGACGCAACAGGUUUUCUUUUUCAGCUUUUACUGUCUCGUGGCUCCGUUGUUCGAAGAUUUGUGUGUCCUUUGUCAUUUCGUAUUUUGUUAUCGUACAAGAAGAAGUGUUCCUUGUUUUCAAUCUCUCUUUCCGCACGAGGGUCUUCUGUUUCAUCGGACCACACUCUUCAGUCAUUUUCCAGUAUGAUCAACAGAUGGAUGGAAAUUCAAAAAAGUUUUGAGGACACAUUCGAGCAGUUCAAACUUUUGCUUGAUAGUUGUGAGCAACCUGAAGUCGCACAUGAUGAUUUUGCAGAGAUUAUAUCUUCAAAUCUCAUCGGGGGCAAGCACAUUAGAGGUGCUCUGGUGGCUGCUGCUCUGGAAGCCUUCAGUACACGCGAAGCGUUAAGUGCCAGUCGUUUACAGGUUGCUCAUUUCAUCGGUUGGUGCAUAGAGAUGAUGCAUACUGGUUUUCUUGUCCUCGAUGACAUAAUGGACAACUCUCCGACACGUCGCAAUAAGCCCUCCUGGUUUGUCCAACGGAAGGAACAGGGGUUCGGCUCUUUGGCCAUCAAUGACGGCAUCCACCUAAUUAUGGCCUCAAAGUAUCUUCUGCAUCAGGUCUUCCGGUUGCAGCGGUGUAGUCAAGAUGUAUACUUCAAAAUAACAAAGCUUUUUGACGAAGGCGGUUAUCGCACAUGUUGGGGCCAACAUUUGGAUGCUAUCUACUCGAAACCAACUAAUUGUGCUCCUACCUCUAUAGAUAAUUUCACCAAACCCCACGUCGACGCAAUCGCCAAGUGGAAAACGGGUUUUUACACCUUUUACCUACCAAUCGCUUGUGGAAUGAUCAUGGCAGAAGUCAAUGAUGAAACAAGAUACUCCCAAGCAUCGAAUAUUCUACUAAAAUUUGGAAUUUAUUUUCAAGCCCAGGACGAUUACCUAGAUUGUUUUGGGAGCGAAGUGAUCACCGGUAAAGUUGGUACUGACAUCACCGACGGGAAAUGUACCUGGUUAAUUGCUGAGUGCUUGGCCCAAGCAACGCCUAAGCAACGACAGAUUAUUCAGGAUAAUUACGGUCGAUCGGACACAGACAGAGCGGAUGCUGUUCGAACUGUAUACCUGAACCUUUCGCUUCCGGACAGGUUUCGCGCCUACGAGUGUCGGAUACGUACAGAACUUCUAAAGGACAUUAGAAGUUGGGACACCUCAAAUGACGACGAUCCUUCCGGCCCCAAACAACUGUUUCUGCUACUUUUAGACAUUCUUCUCAGUCGAUCCUGUUAAAUCUGGCCCUUGUAAAUUUUUCAGUGCAAAAAUCAUCUUCUUGAUUUUCUUCCUGAGAUGCAAUGCGUCCACUUACGUUCUACAUAAGUGUAAUGCGUUGUUUAACC